GCCGAGGCUGAGCGCCAUGGAGCCCUUUGACCUGCUCGUGCGGAGCCCCACGCAGCGGCACCCGGACCUGCGCCUGCGCGGCGAGCCCGGCUGGACCGUGCGGCAGCUCAAGGCCCGGCUGCGCCGCCUGCACGCGGAGGAGCCGCCUGAAGAGGACCAGAAGCUGAUUUAUUCUGGGAAGCUGCUGCUUGACCACCUUUAUUUGAGAGAUGUGCUGCCCAAGCAGGAGAAGUUUCAUGCUCUUCAUCUGGUGUACCAUUCAAAGACUCUGUCAAAAAUGAGAGAGACCAACUCAAAGAUUGAGGAAACCAAUCAACAGCCAAAGACUGUUUCAGGACCUGGUCAAGAUCCUUGUGUAGUUUCUUCAAAUGAUGGCUUGAGACAGAGGGAGACUUCCUGCAACCAACUUCCUACAGGGGAAGCCAAUACUAGGAUUGAAUCAGCCCAGCAUCCCCAUGGUGUGGCUCCUGGGUACUCUGCAUAUACCACUUACAACAUACUACAGAUGUCCUGGUUUCAGCAGAUUUAUGCAAGACACUACUACAUGCAAUACUUGGCUGCUGUUUCUGCUGAUAGAUCACCUACUCAGAGGUCACAAGAGAUACCAGUGGCACCAGUUGCAGCUCCAGCCCCUCUUCCAGAUGCAUUUCCUGCACAAAACCUGCCUGGAAACCAUAAUGCCCCUCCUCAGCUUAAUGCAAGGGCCAAUCAGAAUUUGCAAAUGAAUGCCCAGGGGGGUCCUCUCAUGGAAGAGGAGGAAGAGAUGAAUCGAGACUGGUUGGACUGGGUUUAUUCAGCAACCCUGUUCUUAGUUUUUGUCAACAUUAUCUACUUCUACUCCAGCCUCAGCAGGUUCCUCAUGGUUAUGGGUGGCACAGUUCUGAUGUACCUGCACCACGCUGGCUGGUUUCCAUUUAGACGACAGCCAGUUCACCCUUUUCCAAACAACGUUCUUCCUCAAGCUGCGAUAAACCAGGACCAAAACAAUAACUUACAGGAGGAAAAUGUAGGUGGAGAAGCUGAACCUGUGGCUGUUUCUGAGGAAGGAAGAGCUUUACCAGAAAAUCAGCAGGACAGUUCUUCAUUUAUGAACACAGCCUGGCUUUUCUUCAAGACUUUCUUUGCAUCACUGCUGCCAGAAGGGCCUCCAGCCGUGGCCAACUAACUGAUUUUGAUAUGGAUGUACUAGCCCAUCUGUAACUCCAGUAGAUUACUCUUCUGUAUACCUGACUAGUCUGGACACCAACUCCAAAGUUAAAAUAACAAGUAUCAGUGGGAUUUCCCCAUCUUAUAGCAACUAAGCAAUCGGAAAGCUGCAAGAAGCCUUAAACCUUUACAGCAUAUGGACUAAAAUGUACUGUGCUUUCCAUGUCUUCAUUCCAAAGAACUUCAGUGUGCUGUAUAGCAGGCAUUAAAUUAGAGGGCCUAGCGCUGUACAGCAGUGCCCUAAAUGCACAGACAGUAAGCAGGUGUUUUGGAGAUGUAAGAGAAGCAGAUUGCUUCUACCAGUGCUAUUUGAUUCCUGUUGGAAUGUUUCAAAUGCUGUUUAAAUUACACUGAGUGUAGUAUCUCAUAUAAAAAAAAAAAAAAGGAACUGCUGUUAAGUAUUGGCAGACUUUUCUAGGGAAGACUUACCCUUAAAUUGCUUAAAGGAAUGCAGUGCUUAAUCUUAAAAGAAAAUGAAGACAAAUCAUGUUUUCUCUGUAAAUUUCCUGUGGAGAACAUACUGUGUGAUACAGUAAUUACCUACUUUGUCAGAAAAUGAAAGAUAACCAGAGCCUUUGAUAAACAAGUACACCAAAUGAAUCAGCUGAGUUACAGGGUGAAUUUCAAGUUGUGAAAAAUCCAGGUGCUUUUUAAAAUCAUUUAAAGGUUCCUUUUCUGGCUUGUAAAUCCUAAAGCUUCAUUCAUCUAGAAUUUAUUUGCACCGUGCAUCUUGUUACCGCUUCCAGGAUGCUCAAUUUAAGUAGCCUAGAGGUUCUAUAUUCAAUCAAUCUAAUUUUCUGUAAUGUUAGACCAAUGCCACAAUCACUUUCUUGCUGUCAACUUGAACUCAGGAGGGCCUGUUACCUUUAACUAGAACUUCUGAAUCUCAGAAAUUCAUGACAAAUGGCUACAUUCCUUUUGAGAUCUGCUUGCUGGGAUGCAAGCGCCUAGUGGACUCUUUUCUGUACAAGAUUGCUCCAGAACAACUUUCACUGUACUCAUUCCUUCCUUCCUGGUGUUUCCUUUAACUUCUAAUAUUUUCAAGGGCUUUGUUAACAAUCAGAAAACUGCCCUGUGCAAAUGGAUGGUAUGCACCUAACUUGCUGUCUGCCCACCCAGUCACAAAUUGCAUGUAUACAUGAACAGAGCCUUUGCACAUUUUAAAAACUAGAUUUACUCCUCAACAGCCUAUGACUUUGUUUCCCACUGUGCCUUGGAUGGCUUCUCUGUGAACAAACAAAAGAAGUUGAAGUUACAAUGGUCAGACAACUUGUAGCUGCUUCUAGUACUGUAGGCGUUCAGGAAGGUGGCCUGAUGUAUGAGGCUCCUUUUGACACAUGCAUGGGUUUGCAAUGCGUUGUUUUAGCUCAGGGAUAAUGUUUUUAUUGCGAAGUAAACAUCUGGGUUUUUUGUGUGCCGGGGGUGGGGGGCGGCAUAUUGUGCAAUUAACAUCUCAUGUCAAUAAUGCUACUUGUAGAUGGAAAAACUGCAUUAUAAAGCUUUAAAGCAACUGUCAUGCUAAUGUGCAUGAACUUGUUCUGUACAGUUGACCAUAUAAUUACUUAAUCUGAAAUUCUUAAUCCUAUUCUUUCCACAUAUUACACCUACCCAUUAAGCAUGG